UUUCCCUUUUAUCAAGCGCAGUCCCCAGAUGGAAGGAAAGCCUUUGUGUUCAUGCUUAAGAGCUGUCAAGCUCAGUCUUGUUUUCACCAUAGCACACGUUACAAAAUGCCUUGGCCCCUCGUAUUGGUUUUGGUCGUCUUGACAUGGGACUUGGCGCGCCCGGAUGGGACUAGGAGGGACGGGGUUUCCAUAGACAGCCCCUUGGACGACACGGCCACUCAGGAUCACACUACUUCCGACUGUCUUCUCAACCCCUCGGCGACCUACUACUACGAAUCCCUUUGCCUGAAAGCUCAUUACCAUUCCAGACUCAUGAACCGACUUGAAGCAAUCGUCUAGCCAGUGUAUGACAGACCUUAUGAACCAGCAGGACGGCGUUGUUGCCUUUUCUGCAGGUCAUCUCAAGUUUGAUGAUAAUAGUUGCAGCGACGAGCAGAAAGAUUUCAUUGAGACAGCAGCAUGGGACGCCCUCACCCUGUCCAUUUUUGCUGCUGUGCCGCCUACCUCAGGCAAGGAAAUUGCGGUAUGGAAAACGUGGAUCGGCCCUGAUUAUAUUACCCAGCAACAACGGAUUUUAGCCGAUCUUCAAGCUUAUAAGAACUUUGAUGCCAUCAUGAGUUGUAAAGACACCAAGAAUCGAUGCGGGCGGACGAUUGACGGGAAAGAUGUUGGCGGUUAUGCUUGGACGGUGAAUGGCUGGUUUUGGAAUGCCUACUAUAUAACCCUCUGCCCCGUCUGGUUCGGUCUAAACAGCCUUGAGGACACCAUCACCUUUAUCGAAGCUGAACCCCAGAAGGGCCAGCCCAGGUACGCGCAGGAGGCUGUGUGGCAGAGAAGCGCAGGCCAGUACCUACUGCACGAAAUCAGGCACCUAGGUGCGGUCGGCCAACCUCACGGAGUUGCCGAUGAGCGUGUUACGCCUGGUGGCAACGAGGUCAGGGCUUACGGUCCCCGUCUUGUAUACAAGCUCACCCAAGGUCCGAUCAACCAAGGAGGCGGAGCUGCUUGCGCCAGCACGAAUGCCGACAGCUAUGCCUGGCUUGCAAAUAGCCUCUACUUUUGCGAUCUGACAGGCUUCUUUCCGAGGCCACCUAAAUACCGUGAGAUGACGGCCAUUGAUAGCUUCAAUGUUGAUGACGAGGUGCUUGGCCAGCAUGUUAUCCCUCUUCUCGUCGACGAUAUAUUCCCCGAUACGACACAUGCCCAGGUCAUGACCAACCUCCAAACCGCACUUGGCGGAAUUACGGCGAACGAGCCGACUGCAGCACUUGCUCAGCCGACGGCAUCCCCUACCCCAACUACGCCAUUGGCGGCAUACCAUUCGACCAGGAGCCGGCCCGGAACGCCAUCAAGUCGUUUUGCAGUGACCCGUCCCUAUGGGAUCUGGUUAUCACAGCAUCAAUUUCGUUCGGCACAGGCCAGACUCGUGACGGGAGUGAGAAGAGCAUUGGUGACUGGACUACCUAUUUUAAUGGCGUCUAUCUGAUCUGGACAGGCAUCUCCUUCUCCCGCAUGGCAUGCAUCAGCUUCUUUGACUUCACAACGGAGACUACCGAUCAGGAAAAGCUGGAGCAUUGCACGGCACGGUUUGGGGCCAUAGUCGAUGGCCGCCAGACUAACACGUCCACUACGAAGCUGGGAGGCUCCCUCUACGAUGUCUGUGCCGUCUAUACGCUAACAGCAACGCCGACGGGCGAGGAAGUCUUCUUCUAUCCUUGGUUCACCGACCUCGGCAGCAAGGUCUGCCAACCUACUGACAAGGCUAUCGGC